CAGGCUCUAGAUUUGUUGUGAUUAUUAUGUGUUUAUGCCCCUUGUCUGCUGUAAAUUCCUGAAUCUCUUGUAAGCAUUUUCAUUGAGAUGACUUCCUCAUAGAGCAAAUCUUCCGUGUGGAGUAUUGUGUAAAGGCAAGAGCACACUAUACAGCCAAAUAUCUGGGUCUCAUCAGAACAUUGAAUAUUACAAACUGUGUGAACUGGGGGAUGACAAUGAAACACUUCUUAUUAUUGGCUGCUGCUGCCGUCUUCCUGCACGUUUUGAUUACAAGAGCAAAACCACCUAAAGUUCCAUAUGAUACACUCCUUAUGGAACCGGCAACUGUCCAAGAAGAAAUAGUGACUGUACAUAACACCCUCAGGAGAGGAGUAUUUCCACCAGCCAGCAACAUGCUAAAAAUGAAUUGGAGUGAAGAAGCUGCAAGAAACGCCAGAAUGUUGUCAAAAGAUUGUGAAUUGGUAGAGAGCAAUGCAGUUAAGAGGCGAAUUACAAAUAAUUUUUGUGGAGAAAAUAUGCAUCUGACAUCUUAUCCUAUCUCAUGGUCAAACGUAAUCAGAAUCUGGUACAGUGAGUCUAAAUAUUUCAAGUAUGGGGAAUGGGCCUCGACAGAUGAUGACAUGAUGAUUGAGCAUUACACUCAGGUUGUUUGGGCCACUUCUUACCUUAUUGGCUGCGGCAUAUCAUCAUGUCAUAAAGGAAUUCAGUAUCUCUACAUUUGUCACUAUUGUCACGAGGGCAAUGAUCCUGACAAAAAGAAUGUACCUUAUAAUGAGGGAACUCCAUGCGGAGACUGUCCAAAUAACUGUGAAGAUAAACUUUGUACGAACCCUUGCAUCUACUACGAUGGAUACAGUAAUUGUAAGACACCAGACACAAGGUCCUGCCUGCAGCCACCUGUCAGUUCAACGACUCUGCAAAGCUAGUUGCCUGUGUCCCACUGAGAUAAAAUAGCCUUUGUUAUUUGCAGCUGUAAUGUGCUGUUGAAUCAUACCUUUGACCUUACUUUGCUUCAGCAGUUUCCCCUGCAUUUCAUGUGGUUUUAAUUACACCAGAGAUCUUAAUUUUCACUAAUCAAAUAUGGGCAUCAGUAUGUUUACGACAGUGCCCCUCACUCCUGUUCUGAUACAUCGUGAAGUAACACUGUUUUAAACUUUCUUAAACCUGGGGUGAAUAUGAUUGAUGAAAUAUGACUGAACUAUGAAAUAUGAUUUAAAUAUGUGGCAGUUCAACACGUGCCUCAUAUUUAAAUCAUGUGAUGUCUCGUUCUCAGGUUGACAUGAUUCAGUGGAUUGGAUGACUGAUUCAGCAACCUGUGCUAAAGGAGGGUCUUUCCCUGUUUGUCUCCUUCCCCUGCUUUCCCAGGUCUCCAACCGCCCUGAUGUUUGUCUUUUCUGUACAAUUUACAUGCACGAAUAAUUCUUCACUUCUUAACUUUACUUCUACCUUAAAUCAACCAUUAAAACAAUC